UCGCAGCGGUGACAGCAACGCACGGAGCCUCCGGACUAAAAAGUGUCAAAAAGCGGACAACUGACGUCAUGGCGGAGUUAGACCUGAGUCUAAGUGACGCGCUGGCAGAUGCUCCUCAGACGGGGCAGGUGGAGAGCCUGGUGGAGCGGGACUUUAUGGCUCAGCUGGAGGCAGAAACCUUCGACGACAAGGUGGGGGAGACGGUAGGAAAGACGGACUACAUCCCCCUGCUGGACAACGUUGACACCAGGGCAGACACGGGUUCUGCAGUGGAGAAUGGAGAGCAGGAAGCUCGUGGGGUGCAAAAGCCUGGUUGUAAGCUGACCUCAGGGGGACAGAUAACAGCGUCACGCCCAGAGCCUCAAGGAGAAGUGCGGCCACUCCCACUUGACCAGAAGCAGGCCGUGGCCACAGAUUUCUUAUCAGCCUCCAUGGCAGGUUAUAUAGAUCAUCUGGACUCUCAGAGCAGCCCUGCCCAAAUAAUGGAUACUGGCCUGAUGGGAGCUUUCUCAGGUUUCUCCCAACCCGGAGGGAAUGGGGUCAAGGUGGAGGUAGGAGCUGCAACUCUCCAAGCAGACAGGCCCCCAAGUAUAGCAGAGCCCCAGCACGCCACACCCCCAGCAGGGUUAGAGGCCCCUAAAGAGCACGGCCCCAUGCUGCCUGAACCCCAGGUUCCUCGCAGCCCAGCAGACCUGACAGCAGGUGCCUUAGCCGACAGCUGGGUUGACCAGGCUGGCUGCCUGUCUUCAGACCUCCCUUUCUCUCCCAGCGUAAAUUCGAUGAUCAGUCGCCAUGCAAGCCAGCUUGCAGCCAGCCCUGAUGACCCACCUGACAUUUGGCCUAGCCGAGAGAGCACCGCCUAUGCUGGGGGUGAUGAAAGGGAUACAGAGGGGUUGGACCGAAAACAGAAAAAGAAGAAGAAAAGGCGACAGAAAGAUGAAGGAUCUUACGAGAACCUGGAGAGCAGGGGUCACCCUGAGAUGCAAGCACUGGGAGAAAACACUCCCCCGACAGAGGAGUUCUUCCAGAGAAUUGGCCCAAGGCGGGAUAGAGGAGAGGGAGGCUGGGAGGAGCAACUUGGGAAGAGUGGAGGCCGAGGGAAGAAGGGGAAGAGCAGGAAGAAGCUUCCAGAGGAGUGGGGAGUGAUGGCAGAACCAUUUGUUCCUUCGUCUGCAGCCACUUCUCAGAUGACAGAGGAGGUGAUGAUGGAUUUAGGGAGUUCAGCUCCGGAAAACCUGGAGGCCUCAUUCACAGAAGUGGACACCAGCCAUAGUCCCUGGAAAAAGGAGGUCUACCCAGAUGAAGAUCUGGUUCCUGCCCCCCUGUCCGAAGACCUGUUCUCCCCAACAGGUGCUCCUAUUGGUCCACUGGCUCUGAACAGCGAGCUGAAAGCUACAGCAGCUCCGUUCACCAUGCCCUCAACUGCCAACAAUGCAACACUUGGUUUGUCUCCAAUGACAACUCACCUUGGUGAUGAAGUUGAUCUCGUGAUGGAAUCCGAGAAUGCCAGUUUGGGCAACAACAGCCAGGCCUUUUCUCCAUCUUUCUCUCGAGACGAUGAAGUGUCUGGUGACUUAGUUGACAGCGGGAUGUUUGGCAAUACCAGUUCCCUCCAAGAGUCAUGUAUGCAUGUCAUGCCUGAGGAAGACACCUCGGCCUUCAGCCCUGCCUCUCAGUCAAGUCCUGGUGUUUCACCCAAGGGUGAGGUGUUAGCCUCAGCUCCACCUCUUUCACCGUCAGAUGCGUCGUGGCUCCUGAACGACUCGCAGGUUAGCAGCAACAGCGAGAUUUUUGACUUCAGUGACAUCGGCCCUUCAUGUCCUCCUCUGCCCUUAGGCUUGUCCUUUAACACCCCAAGCCCAGCACCUCUCCGCUCCCCCAAAACCACAGCACAGGAAUUCCAACAGAAAGAGCACAAAAAUGAAACAUCGUCCCAGAAACAAUCCAAGAAGUCUCGUUCUUCAUCGUCCUCAUCCUCAGUGAAGAGUCCCACCUCGCCAGGAGCAAAGAAGCUCCCUCUGCAGGCGUCCCCUGUCCUGAGCCCCUCUUCCCCUCCAUCGGUCAGCCCUCUGGAUAUUCCAGGAUCUGGUCUUAACCCUGCAGCUAAGCCCUUCUUUCCCAGCUUUGCUGACCCCUUGGAGGAGCCAGCUGCGGUCCCUCCACCUGCCCCCACCAUUGAAGUGAAGUCAGAGAAGAAGGAGGAGAAUCUGGAAGAUAGUGUAAAGCAGAUCGGCCACUUUGAACCUCUGAACAAAGCAGACGAACGGGGUGUGAAGGUCGAAUACGAAAGCACUGAGACUCCAGUGAAGGUGGAGAAAGAAAUGGAGAAGGAAACGCAGAAAGACACCGAGAAAGAGAAGGAGGUGAAAAUUGGGAAGGAGGACGAAAAGGUGAAAGUAACAGAGGGAGAAAAAGUUAAGGCAGCUGACAAGCAAGCAGAAAAGGUGGAGGAGAUGAAGAAGGAGCCCGAAAAGGGAAAAGAAAAAGAGACAGAGAAAGUGGAGUCAAUGCAGCAGAAAGAGGAUAAAAUGACCAAGGCUGAAGAAUCACUGGAUAAAUCAGUGAAGAUAGAGAAAGUAGAAAAGGUUGAGAACAAAGCUGAGAAAAUUGAGAACGUGGAAAAAAUGGAUGAAAGUGAAAAGGUUAAAGUGACAGAAAAAUCCGAGAACAAAAAUAUUGAGAAGCUUGAGAAGACAGCGAUGAAGGACGACAAAGAGCACAUCGACAAGGUAGAGAAGACCCCAGAGCCACAGUCGACAGCCCUGAAGUUCGAUACUAGUUAUGACAAACUGGAGAAGGAGGCUGACCGAGAGACGAAGGCGACGGAAGUGGUGGAGGAAACCAAGAAAGACAAGGCUGAUGUGGACAAAGCCCAGAAGAUGGAGAAAGAGGGCGAGCCGGAGAAACCGUCCGACAAGCCGGCAGAACAACCAGAGCAGAAGAGCGAAAAGCAAGAGAAGCAGGACCAAAUACAGGCUGAAAACGAGACUGUAGAGAAAAAGGAUGACAAGAAGGACAAGGCAGUAAAGGCAGACAGCGGAGAGAAGGCCAAGAAAUUGAAACCUCUUGCCAAUGGAAGCAGCACGACACCCAACAAAGACCUGGCAGGUGCAGAUAAGAAGACCAAGCCUGGUGCCGGGUUGACCAAACCGAGCGCCGCUGCCAGAAUGCGGCCAAGCUCCGCAAUUGCUAGCAGUGGUUCGCUCGCAGCCCCUAUUAAGCGCCCCACACCCUCCUCCAUCACCUCCAUCUCAGACAAAAAAGCAACCACAGCAAGGGCACCAUCCACACCCACCGCAGGCCUAAAGCGGCCCUCUACCGGCCCUGCCAGCCGGCCCUUGUCAUCCACCACAACCACCGCCACACGUGAUGUCAGACCCAAGACGACCAUUGAGAGGCGUCCCCUCGUGCCAAAGGCGAGCACUGCCACCUCAAAUCAAACCGGCCCCACUACUGCCACCAAAAAUGGAACGGCUACCACAGCAGCCAGUAAAACCACCACAUCAGUGCGCACGACACUGACUGCUCGCACCAGCGCCACUGCACCCAAAAAGCCUCUGGUUCCGAAGACAAACAGCAAACCAGGAGAAGAGAAGAAGCCCAGCACUCUGAGGACUUCUGCAGCUGACUCGACCAAGCCCAAGACCACCACCCGCAGCGCUGGUGCCCCAACCACCACCACUGCCUCUCGCACUCGAAUUGCAGCAGCCAAACCGGCCGCACCAUCCUCCAGCACCGUGCCAGAGAAGAAGCCCACGGUGCCCCGCGCCCCCCGGGCCGCUUUCUCUACUUCAGCUACCGCCGCCUCCAAGACUGCGACUCGUCCCAGCACAGCACCAGCCGCUGACACCCGCAACGUCCGCUCCAAGAUCGGUUCUACAGACAACAUGAAGCACCAGCCUGGAGGAGGGAAGGUGUCUGCCUCUCAGAUCAGGGCUGUUGCCUCCAAAGACACCAGCCAGGGCAAAGUGCAGAUACUCAACAAGAAGGUGGAUCUGAGUAAGGUGACGUCAAAGUGCGGCUCCAAGGACAACAUCAAAUACAAGCCUGGUGGCGGGGACGUGAAGAUCGGGUCCCACAAGGUGAACUUUAGGGAAAAGGCUCAGUCCAAAGCGGGCUCCACUGACAAUCUGAGCAAUUCACCUGGUGGAGGGAACAUAAAGGCUGAGGGGGUUCAGGAGACACCUGAGGGGAAUGAGACGCCCCUGAGUGGCACCCAGGCCCCAGCCCCGAGCCUUGAGACCGGAGAGGCUGUGGACCUCCCUGCCCACGAGAAUGGGCUGAAGGACGGGGCUCCAUGUGAGAGCGAGAGUCUCCGGGAGCCCCAGGCCCUGGACUCCAGCAUCCCAGAGACAAGCAUCUAACUCUGCUAUCCUUCUGCCCUCCUCAUCUCAACCCCCCCACAACAUCAUCUCCUCCCACUCCCCACCUUUUCUUGUAUAUAAUUUUUUUUUAACACCCCGUCCUCUCUCUCUCUGUCUCUCUCUCUCUCUAUCUCUGUCUCUCGGUCUCUCGGUCUCUCUCUCCUUUCCAACCUCUCUGCUGCAGAUUGAGUCUUUCAAGCUCAACUUCCGCGAGAAUGCUCGCUCUCGCACGGACCACGGCGCCGACAUCGUCACCUGGCCAGCCCCCCAGGACAACAGCGGACCCCACCCACACGGCUCCUUCUGUUCUCUACACCGCCACCACCAAACCCCCCCCCCCCAGACUUGCCGCACCGCGUGCUGUGACGGUUCCCCCUCCGCCCCCUCCUUGCUGCGUCUCCAGGUGGAGGUCAAGGGGGACGGCAGCAGCUCCCCAAUGAGAUCUUGACCUUUUCUUUGCCCCCGUAAAGCUCUGAAAACCUCCCUCAUCUUAAAUCUGUUGUUGCAAACAUGUGACUUAUCUAAUAGUUCUGCUUCAUGCCUCUUCUCUCACAUCUGAGCUCAUCAUUAUGCGCCGUCACCCUCAUCGCUUCAAACCUUUCCACCCUCCUGCAUUUUGCUGAAGUGACUGUAUAGACUAAGCUUGAGCCUCGUUGGGAAUCUACGUGAAGGGAAAUUAAGGGACUGCAAGGUUUCCGUACAUUUGUGGCUGCACCUUAUUAUAGGAAUGAUUGAGUUUCACUUGGAUCCUCUUUACCCACAUCCUGCUGGUGGACUCUGACCCUGCAUCACCUCUCCUGCACACCUCAGACAGCAGUUUACUUGUCUCCCGAGCAGCAUGGAAACCCUUUCAGACUCACCUCCGGCUUCUGUCACACACGUACAAUAGCUUCGCUUUCCCUCGUGACUGUAGGGGCUGUUUGUUCCCAGUAACCACUUACUCUCUGCUUCAAUAACAUCCACAGUAAUCCAUUGUUCCUCUUCAUCAUCACUCCCUCUCGUCAUCGUCACUUACCAUAAACAAGCUGAGAAACAAAAAAAAGCUAGACAACAAGUAGGCUGUAUGAACAUUUUAGGCUGUUUAACUCUUUAUUCUCUGUGUUUGUGAUAAUGUGUUUGAGUGACAAAAGUUGUGUAAAAAUGAGCUUCGGUGUUCUGUUCGGUUCUUAUUUCUGUCUUUCCUCUUAGGUUUUGAUUUUAAAAACAAGUUUUCAUUUUAUUUAUUGUACGUUUCUUCCUAUAUAAGCAAUACGGUGUUCGUUAUUUCCCUGAUAGUACUCUGAACAUCUUGGAAACACGCACAGGAUUUUUCUCAAACCAAGACUCAGUGAGGAAAGAGGUGGCAUGUGCAGGGAGGAAGAAAGUGAGGAGGGAGGUGUUCCUAGAAAGGUGCUGAAACGAAGCAUUUUAGGUGUGCUUAACAUGAAUGGCAAAAUAAGAAACGUGUACGUUUUUAGAAAUUCGAGAAGCUGUAUGUGAGCGUACAGUCCAGCGUGAGAUAAAGAUGUCGUCGGAUAGGAAACGUCUCUGGCGUUAAAGGAGAUGUGUGUCUCGUUUGUGCCUCCUGACCUUCAUACCUGAAAAACUAAAGUUAAUGACGAAGAUGAUAAUGAGAGAAUAUCAUAGUUGAUAAAACAUAAGAAACAACCUGGUAUCAGCUGUUUGAAGGAAAUUUCGUAAACCAAGCGGUCCCGGUAGCUGUGUGUAGUCUCAAGUUCAGGUGUCUCCAUGAUGGUUAUAGUAGCAUGCCAUUAGGCACUUGACACGAAACAUCUCUAAUAGUGUGUGUGUGUCCUUGGUGGAAGUACUGGCAGCGGAACAUGAUGCGGCUUUAGUCUCUUCUCCUGUAGCAAUGUAUUUCAACCUCAAUUGCCUUUCAAAUGCAUGGCCAGAUUCUGUAAUAUCCCCCCCGGAGCUGAAAGCCUGUGUGCAUUAUGACUCAAAGUGUUGUGGUUUGGUACCAUAUGUGUAUCUCUGGGGAAAUUAUCUUAGACGGUCAAUGUGCUGCUACUCAAAUGGUGAUUUUUAUAUGGUGGUGAACAGGGCGAACUUUGAUGGUUGCAGUUGCAUCUCUUAGAGAAAUGAUUUAGUUCCAGGUGCAGAUUUGUAUCCAGAGAUUCAAUGGCUCAAACAGAUUUUUAACAUUAUUAAAGGUAUCUCUGAUACAUCAAUGACAUGCUGCUCAUUGUCCACUAAUAUUUCAUUAGUUUAGGUAUAGUGCCAUAACAAGGGCUGGGUGUUGUUUACAAUUCAAGAACUAUAAUUGAUACCAGAAAAAAUCUCGAUGACAAAUAAUAUUAAAAAAAUACAACAUAAAUUGAUAUGUGAAGGUUUUUCAGUAAAACUAAUCUUUUAGUAAAUAAAUUGAUUUUAUGAAAGGAUUUUCAUGUAAUUCUAGAACCAUCUGAUCAAAUAUUUACGCAUCCAACAGGAAAUUUGAACUCUCAUGAACUGAAAGAUUCAUACUCAAAGCUGCAGGAUAUUUCAGUGAGUUAGAUGAAGUUUGAUGCCCAGCACUUGUUAUGUAUAUAUAUAUCCAUAUAUUAACAAAUUUACAGAAUUUCACAAAAAUGAAUGUUAGUACUAGAAAAGGCCUUUUCUAGAACAUAGCUACAUUGACUGUCCCAGAGAGAUGAUAUCCGACUACAAAAACACUCCUGUUCAAAUUGUCACUUUAAUAAUGAUCCAUAAAAUGCUUUGACAAAACUAAAUUGCACCUUAAUGCUUAAAUGUAUCAAAAGAGCUCAUUGUGCUGCAGUAAUGAUGUUUUAUUAACAGCUAAAUGACUCCUCUUUAACAAGUUAUUAAAUUGACCCCUAAUUAAAGCAAAUGAGCAAUAAGCUGACGUACCCCGCCCUCACCUUUCCUAUUCAAUCAUUAAAAAACGAUUCAAUCAUUAUUUUGUUCUCCAUUGGAAUGCCUUAAAAAGUGAAAAGCUAACAAGCAAAGAUCAAUUUUUUUUAAAACAGUAUUAGGCAAUAAAUGUUGAUUUAAAGUCUUCUGAACCAGGGAAUGUUUGGAGUGCAGAUGUGUAAGGGCUUUACUGCCAGCUGAAUUUGUGCCACGCCUGUCACCAAGCUGAAGCUUUCCUUGUGCCUGUCCACAACCACAUUUAAGCUUUGCUUUGACCCCAGUGUUUUCACUCACCACUCCUUGUGAGGUCACACGCGGAUGUAGGAAGAUAUUUGAUCCAUGCGGGGGUUGGUGGGUGGGAGUUUCGAGGCUGUUCAGAAAAGCUUUUAUGUCCAUGUACCUUUAAUGGUUUUACGGGGAGUAUGCGUUUUAUCAUCACUAUUAUGACUAUUAUUCUCAUUAUUAGUAUGACAAAUUGAAAAGGUCUGCCUUUCUCUCUGGAAAGGGGCCACUGAAUUGAAAGAAUGUCUUUUGAGAUAUAUUGUACUUAAGACGCAACGCUUUUGUAUAUGUAUUUAUCGUUGUCUUUCUGUAGCCUCGUGACGGUUGUGCACUCGCGGAUGAAGGGGUUAUACUUUUGAUUUGUGUCAGCCAGUUUCACAAACUACGCCGCGGACUUCCUUUAGGGACAUGAGAUCUGAACCCAAAUACAACAAGCGCAGAAAAUCUCAUAGAGCCAGAUUUUUAUGGAAGAUGCUGUAAGAGCAGCUUAAUUUAGAAACUGUCAACAUAGAGCCUAAUUAUUACAAGAAUCAUUUAACAAUAUUUGUAGUGCACAUUUAUGAAUACACACUAAUAAAUGAUGUCCACAAACUCAGUCUUAAGAGAUGAUUAGCUCAAAAUUCUCGCUUUAAAGAUACAGUGACCUCUGUAUAGGUUUGUUUGAAAAAAGAUGAAUGGGACUGAAGCUAACGCACCAGAAUCACAUGAUAUUGUUUAACUUAGUUCACAAAGCACUGAGUUUAGAGGUCAGUGAAAAAGCCUGUAAUUUGGGAGUAAUGCAUAUCAAUACAUAUUGGCUCCCACACGUUGCACUCGAGCAGCAACCUGCCCUGAAGAGUCGCACACACCGAGAUCCUAACACAUCCUCGUUUGAGAUUUAGGCAUCUAAUUAUAGCUUCUGGGUUUGGCUUGUGUGAUAAAUGCUCCUCAGUAAUAAUCGAUCCAAUGAGCCACGUAGAACUUCAUGUACUGCUACAUGUACUCGUACCAUACAAGUGUAACACUCGCUAAUAAACAUCUAUUACACCUGCAGAGCAUGCUGACAGACAAUGGGAUGUGUUAGGUAGACUUACUAUGACAUUUGCAGAAUCUCCUCAUGUUUUUUGUGUUUUUCUUCUUUUUUUUUCAUUAAUUUGAAUUUUAUUUUUUUGGUUUGGAAAAAAAGUGUUUAUUGUGAUUACUUGUUAAUUAGUGAUGUGAUUAAUAAACCUUAAAUAAAACGAACUAAAACUCUCA